AUGAUCACCAGCAGUUUCCCUGAUGGUCUAAUUCAGCUAAUUGAAUCUUACCUUGACCAUCGAACGUUCAGCGUCAAGCUGGGUGACGUACGUUCCUCGGUUCGACCCAUUAGGUCAGGUGUGCCCCAAGGGUCUAUCCUGUCGCCAUUUCUUUUGGCCAUCUUUAUGGCUGACAUGCCAAAAUACAGGCCGGAUCCUCCACCGAUUGCCUACUACGCCGAUGAUACUGCCAUCCUGGUCCGAAAACCGCGAACACUUCGACCGAUCAUGUCACGAGGUUGCUCCAAGAGGCCCUUGAUCAAAUUGAGGAUUGGUUCCGGCUCUGGCCGCGCCACUCCAUCUGGUGCGCUAACAGUCUUUGGUGAAGAUAUCCAGUGGAAGCCUUCAGCUAAGUACCUGGGGGUUACUUUGGAUAAAGGUUUGACAGCAAGAGUUCCUAAGCCAGCAAUAUCGGGAGUACUCUGGAGGAGCCGUCUAAACAUUCCUAGCAAGUUGGCCAUUUACAAAUCGAUCAUAAGAUCCGGCAUGACUUAUGCGUCUCCUGCAUGGGGUCAUGCUGCACGCACUCACUUGUACAAGCUGCAAGUGAUUCAGAAUAAGACAUUGAGAACUAUUUACAAUGCUCCCUGGUUCAUCAGGAACGUGCAGCUGCACCGGGAGGCUAACAUUCCUUUCCUCUCGGAAUUCAUGAAGAAGUCAGCUGAGAAGGCUUUUGCCAGAGCUGAGAUUCAUCCAAAUCCUCUCCUGCGAGCGGCCGUCGACUACGAUCCGGGUGAUCAUCACACCCACAAAAGGCCGAGAAUGGCUGCUACCUGA